CCAUUUCAGCGCGUCCGAUUCGGUGCUUUCCUACAGUGGGUGCAGCUGUACUGUAAAGGAGUAUUAAAUGCAUUGUGAUUGGGUAAAAUAUAGGGAGGCGUGUCUUAAAGGCGUAUCCAAGCAAGCGAAUUCCCGCCCACUUCCCUUCCUCUGCAUUCCAAAGUGGCGGAGCUGUAAAAGCAGGAUUCUGGGCCAAGGAGGAUUUAAACAUUUUUGACAACACCAAAGCGCAGAAACUUUUUUAUUUUUAUUAGAAGUAUUGACAGGGACGUUUAGCAUUUAAAUACGUCAAUACCAGGAGAAACACUGACUGGUAUAUCUAUUACAAAGUGGAAGUUAGAAUUACAGUUUGUAAAUAUUGUAUUGCAAACAGUAACUUUAAAUUGAGUGACAGUGAUUUUUUUGUUUAUGUUUUUACAGCUAGCAUUAAACAAGUGUAUUCGUUUUAAUGAGGACGCCUUGAAAUAUAGCAGUUUUAGAGUACACUACAACUAAAGAUUAAGUUAUUUGUAUUGUUAUUACAAAUACAUACAUACAGUAAACAGGGAAGACAUGGAGAUACUGGAUGGCGGAGAACCUCUUUUACAUUGGGAUCGAAAUCUAAGUGAACUGUCAGAACCUGGAGAACAUGAAAAUGUACUGUACAGUACGCACUUCUCAGAGCUGUUGGACGACUUCUCUCAGGACGCCAUCCUUGGCCAGCUGUUGAGUGACCCCAUCCUGUCUGAUAGGAGCGAGGCCAUGGAGACAGAGGAGGAGAAACCAGCCUCCCCCUCACCCCCUCACAUCCAGACUGAACAUAGCUACUCGCUGAGCGGGGACUCCCGGCCACAGUCCCCCCUCACACACCUCCCAGGCGAGGGGGGCAGGGAACAGGGCGAUGAGGAUAGCGAGUGCUGGCCCAUGGAGAGCCCAGAGAAGGAGCUGAAGAUGGAGCCUCUCCUGUGCGACCCCACCAGCCUCCUCCCUGCCCUCACACUCAGCCUCGCAGCCUCCAGCCAGACACAGAGCCCCGCACUGGCCGUUCCCAUCCUGCUGACCACACCGCCACAGGUCACAAUCGCCAACCAGAGGAAUGAUGCCCAUGAAAAGGUUUUGCCAAAGAUUAAGCUGGAGCCUCAUGAAGUGGAUAAGUUCCUGAACCUCUCGCCAAAAGGCCUGGACUCCCUGCAGCUGCCCCCCACCCCCCCCAGCUCCCAUGGCAGUGACUCCGAGGGUGGGCAGAGCCCGACCAGAUCCUGCCCACCUCCCAGCUCCACCCAGUCAAAGCCCACCCUCAAAGUGGCACCCCGGGCGCCUUCCUCCCUCACCAACUCUCCGCUUCUCACCGCCCCACACAAGCUGCAGGGCUCUGGGCCCCUGAUGCUUACAGAGGAGGAGAAGAGAACGCUGAUCGCUGAGGGUUACCCCGUCCCCACCAAGCUCCCCCUCUCCAAAGCUGAGGAGAAAGCAUUGAAGAAAAUCCGCAGGAAGAUCAAAAACAAGAUUUCUGCUCAAGAAAGCCGAAGAAAAAAGAAAGAGUACAUGGACACUCUGGAGAAAAAAGUGGAAACCUGCUCCAAUGAGAACAGCGAAUUGCGUCGCAAAGUGGAGACACUGGAGAGCACAAACAGGUCUCUGCUCCAGCAGCUUCAGUGUCUGCAGGCGGUGGUAGCUGGGAAGGUCCCCCGGUCCUGCCGCGUUGCCACUACCCAGACUGGCACCUGCCUCAUGGUGGUGAUGCUGUGUUUUGCAGUCUUCCUGGGUAGCUUCUCACCGAGUUUUGGUCCCUGCUCCACUAUCACAACAACAGGAAUUCCCAGCCAGAGUUCAGCAAAAGAAUCCUAUACAGCCACAGUUCGGUCGAGGAGCUUGCUGGGGUAUGAGGAGCGCAGUGCACUUGAGGAGCUGCACCCCUCUGUGCUGUCCGUGGAGUACACUGAGGCAUGGGACAGACAGAAGGACACAGGCCCACGAUACACAGCACAGGCACAAGAGCCAGACAGUCACGCUGAGUAUCUGAGCAGCAAUGACACGCAGACAGAGAAAUCCAUACUGAUAGACUUGCACCCUCACAGAUCUCACAUGGAACUGCGAGCAAAUGAAAGCAGAAAAGUGAUAGAGAUUGAGAGGACAGUGAACGAAACAUCCUGAGGUCCUGCUCCCCCUCACACCCCUCCCCCCCUCCCAUUCCCUUUCAGCCAAUACUCUCAACAUCACAGGCUUAUACUUUUCUCUUCAGUAUUUAUAUAUUAUUAUACAUAUUGUAUUCAUUGUUAGUGUUUUUUAUGUAUUUUUUCAGGUUUUUUUUGUAUACUUCCAAAAAUAUUUAGUCAUCUGUGUUUUAUUUGUUGUUAUUAUUAUUUUAUUUGAAUACUACACCUCUGCCCCCCGUAAAAAAAAAUAUGAUUAAAAAUAUCUGCAUAGUGAUUCAAUUAUACUGGGGAGAUACAGAUCAUUCCUCAAUUAUUUUACUGCCUCUGAUUCCUUCAGGGAAGUUGUGGGUGGAAAUAUGUAGCAAUGUCUGUUCUCCAGAAUGACUCAUACAGCCUGGUGAAACAUCACUAAUUUGUGCAGUUUUGGAUUUGGAAGCACCUGCCAUCCGAGCAGCUACGAUUAGCCCUCUAUCUGUCAAAUCUGAUGUUUUGCCCAUUGUAACUGAAACUGAUUUGGAUCGGAGAGAUGCCGCUUAUGUUUAGGAGGUCGUCACUAUUUAAAGAAUUCAAAUGGGCAUCCUCCCUAAUGUUUAAAAUACAUUGUCCCUGUAAUUCAUUAUCUGACUUCAUGAAAUGUAGAAGGCAGUGGAUUAGUGAAGAGUCCUUGCAGAGUAUAGUGGCCUAAUGAAUCAACUGAAUAUUCAAAUCGUGAAAUAGUGAGCAUUGUACACUGAAGACAUUUGCUAAAUUCACUGCAAUCAGAUGGCUGCAUAGUAAGUACAGAUUGUCAAAUCUUAAAGAAAAGAGUGCUGGUUUAUCAGGCACUUGGUUUCUUAUAGUUGUACUUCAUGGUCCAGGAUAAUUAAGAGCCUUAUUUUAAAUUAAGUAGAUGGCAUUCAGGUCUGCAAUUGUUUGGAUCAAUUUAUCACAACCCAUUGCCUUAAACUGAUUGUUGUGAACCUAUCUUCCCAUUUACCCUCCCCACCCACUGUAUUGUAUUUAUGAUUCUGAAUAUGCACUGUAUAGUAUGUGGUUCCUUACCACACUGUUCUAUCUUAGCACUGCAACAAAAAAUGUGUUUCAUCUUAAAAGCAAACAUCUUCAAAGUCAAGAUUUUCAUUUGCAGUUCUUGCUUGUGAAUUUACAAAUAAACAAACAGACUAAAGAUAUGUUAAGGUUUUUGUUUUUUUUUCCCCCCAGAGCAAAUAAAUAUUUUCCUUAGUAAAAGCAAUAA